AUGGCUCCCGCUGUCGGUAUCGAUCUGGGUACCACCUACUCCUGUGUGGGUGUCUUCCGUGAUGACCGCAUUGAGAUCAUCGCCAACGACCAGGGUAACCGCACUACCCCCUCGUUCGUUGCUUUCACCGACACCGAGCGUCUCAUCGGUGAUGCCGCCAAGAACCAAGUCGCCAUGAACCCCCACAACACCGUCUUCGAUGCUAAGCGUCUGAUCGGUCGUCGUUUUGCCGACGCUGAGGUCCAGUCUGAUAUGAAGCACUGGCCCUUCAAGAUCAUUGACAAGGCCACCAAGCCCGUCAUUGAGAUUGAGUUCAAGGGUGAGGCCAAGCAGUUCACCCCCGAGGAGGUUUCUGCUAUGAUCCUUGUCAAGAUGCGCGAGACCGCUGAGGCUUACCUCGGUGGUACCGUCAACAACGCUGUUAUCACUGUCCCCGCCUACUUCAAUGACUCUCAGCGUCAGGCUACCAAGGACGCCGGUCUCAUUGCCGGUCUCAACGUCCUCCGUAUCAUCAACGAGCCCACUGCUGCCGCCAUUGCCUACGGUCUUGACAAGAAGACUGAGGGUGAGCGUAACGUCCUGAUCUUCGAUCUGGGUGGUGGUACCUUCGAUGUCUCCCUGCUCACCAUUGAGGAGGGUAUCUUCGAGGUCAAGUCUACUGCUGGUGACACUCACCUGGGUGGUGAGGACUUCGACAACCGUCUGGUCAACCACUUCGUCAACGAGUUCAAGCGCAAGCACAAGAAGGACCUGACCUCCAACGCCCGUGCCCUCCGUCGUCUCCGCACCGCUUGCGAGCGUGCCAAGCGUACCCUCUCUUCCGCUGCUCAGACCUCCAUCGAGAUCGACUCUCUGUUCGAGGGUAUUGACUUCUACACCUCCAUCACCCGUGCCCGUUUCGAGGAGCUUUGCCAGGACCUCUUCCGUGGCACCAUGGAGCCCGUUGAGCGUGUCCUCCGUGACGCCAAGAUCGACAAGUCCUCCGUUCACGAGAUCGUCCUCGUCGGUGGUUCUACCCGUAUCCCCAAGAUCCAGAAGCUCGUCUCCGACUUCUUCAACAAGGACGCCAACAAGUCCAUCAACCCCGAUGAGGCCGUCGCCUACGGUGCUGCCGUCCAGGCCGCUAUUCUGUCCGGUGACACUUCUUCCAAGUCCACCAACGAGAUCCUGCUGCUCGAUGUUGCCCCUCUGUCCCUCGGUAUCGAGACUGCCGGUGGUGUCAUGACUCCUCUGAUCAAGCGCAACACCACCAUCCCCACCAAGAAGUCCGAGACCUUCUCCACCUACUCCGACAACCAGCCCGGUGUCCUGAUCCAGGUCUUCGAGGGUGAGCGUGCUCGCACCAAGGACAACAACCUGCUCGGCAAGUUCGAGCUGACUGGCAUCCCCCCCCGCCCCCCGUGGUGUCCCCCAGAUUGA